GCCUGACCUCGCAAUCAUCACCGCGCGCACGCCAUCCCUCCAUCCUCCAUUUCUCUCCAUUUCCAGCUAAAACCUCUUCGUCCAGCCGAUCGAUGGCCAAGGGCGGGAUGAGCAAGCUGCGGUGCAUGAUCCGGAGGUGGCACUCCUCCAGCCGCAUCAUCGCCCGCUCGCCAUCGCCGACCGCCGACGACGACGGCCACCGCCACGCCGGGGGAGGCGGCGCGUCGUUCCACGGCGCCGACGAGGUGCCCAAGGGGCUCCACCCGGUGUACGUGGGCAAGUCGCGGCGCCGGUACCUCAUCGCGGAGGAGCUGGUGGGCCACCCGCUCUUCCAGAACCUCGUCCACCGCACCGGCGGCGGGGGCGCGGACGGCGGCGGGUGCACGGUGGUGGGCUGCGAGGUGGUGCUGUUCGAGCACCUCCUGUGGAUGCUGGAGAACGCGGACCCGCAGCCCGAGUCCCUGGACGAGCUCGUCGAGUACUACGCCUGCUGACCGGUUGAGGCCCAACCGACUCGUUCCGCCUCUGCGCCGCCCAAUUCGGCGGAGUCGCCAAUCUGUGUUCCGUCCGUAGGGAGUAGAAUCGUGAUAAAACGCCGAGCGCGCGCCAUGGGCAGAGCGAGAAAGCGGCAUGGGCACUUCGAUUUGGUCGAUCUUAACACCGAAUGGGGUCUGUUGUCUGUCUGUCCGUCGGUGCUAAGCUAAGCUGGGGAUUGCCAGCUUGCCGCCACCACCAUUGUUACUACUACCGUGCGCUGUUAAUUCAUUCUCAACCUAAUGGUUCGGAAGCUUUUUCAUUUAUUUCAAUUUAUUACCCGUAAGGUCCGGGAGCAAGUGCAUCCAUGCACAGUUCAUCAUCAAUCAAUGUAUAAAUCGUUCAAUUUCUCUCC